UUGCAUUGAUGUUUACAAUGCAUUGAUGUUUACAUUUAAAUACCAAAGUGCUUAACUAAGUUUUGAAAAUAGUUUUUGAACGUUUAUAAUUAUGCCGUUUUAAAUAUUAAAUCGGCUGUAAUCUUUCAGUCAUUUAUUGUAUUAACAAUAUGAACGGAUAUAAACACUCACGAACGGAUGGUUAGUUUAACACACAAACUUUAAUAACUGAUACAUGCAAACUGUUUCGAAUAUAGAUGUGUGUUUACAGUUUCCUUGGCGCUUAGUUAUUAUUUGACUUGAAACUGGACCAUACGUUGUAUACCUAUAAAGUUCGUUGGUUAUUUCAUCACAGACAGUAUACAUGGGUCAGGACACCACCCUUCAUGCAUCUCAAAGGACUGACGACCUCAGUCAUGUGAUGUUCAUCUUUCAGCUCUUUCAGAGCGGCUUGAUAUUCACGGCCCUCAUGGCCGGCGCCAUCUGUAUCGGUCAUCUACUCUUAAUGCGGAAGUACUGCCGAAAUACCACGACGCUGCUCGCAGUGGUGCUCUCUGGAUUUUUGCAUCUGAUCGCAAGCGUGCGUAUGUUGACAAUUGCCGAAAAUUACAUGAAAAGACGCGUAAAACAGGGACCUCCGAGCGUCGGCUCGUGCUUGGAUUACUCGAUGACGGCGGCGUUUGCAAACGGGGUGGUGCUCGUGUUUAUCGUGCAUAAUGUUUUUGUUCAGAACUUUAAAUGGUCGAUGUCUUCGUGUCUAGCAUACGCAGGCACACUUAGCUGCAUCAUCACAGGAAGUUUUUCCGUAAUCAAGAUUGUGCCGCAAAAUAGCCCACUUCCAGUUACACAACAUUCGCUUGAGACGCUUGGGACAUAUGGAAGUCAUCACUUUAACGUAUUCUUGUUCGUGUGUCAGAAAAACGUUUACGAGGAAAGAUGGGCUAUUCUGGUGGAAUAUUUAGUGAUAUACGUACCCGUCAUGUUCACCGUGCUGGUUGCUCUUUGCAUGAACAGGACAAAACAAACGGAUGUCACCAUCACAGAGCUAAAGAUUAUUUCAAACAAAGAGUGCAACGUUUCAGUGUUUAAAUGCAAUUGUGUUAAAUUGAACUCAGCCAUGGUUGCCGUUCUUUUAUACAUUACUAUUGUCUUACUCAUAGUACGGCCAGGAUACAUUCUGUAUGCGCACGCAACUUCGGGUUACUUCUUGGACAUAUUGCCAAGUUUGUUACAGACAGUAAUUUUCACUUUUACUUGCUCUGAAUAUAUUGGAAAGGUUCUUAUUCGAUCACAAUAUUGCAAUAAUGAGGUGAAAUCAAACGGCUAUUGUGACUGUAAACAUAAGGGCAAGCCUCUUAUGCAGGUUUGAUAAGCUGUAAAUUUCUGUAGACAGGUUAUUUAGAGAUGUGUUGUUUAAAUGUAAAGACGCACUUGCUUUGAAUGGGAAAUCCAUCAUUAUGUUUCCACAAAACUGUGAAACUACGCUCAAAUAUGUUUGUAGCGCUUUUGUAACUGGGUAAAAAAGCACAUAAAGGAAUUAUAUUGACAAAGUUAAAGUCGAAAUAUUCUCAAAUAUUUACACUUGGUGUCAUCUUCGUUCAUUUUAUUAAAAUGUUACUUAUGGCAAGAAACAACAUGUUAAGAUGGAACUUGGGAAACAAUUAUGCUAAGAAUGGCGGGAAGCUUAUGGGUAGCCUAAAAUACAUAAACUUGAGCUCUUCGAUGCGGACAGAAAAACUUGCUGUGACAAGCAAACGAGUUGUUUAUGUUCGUACAUGAUAUUUGUAUGCAAAAGAAGUUGUUUAUAUAUAUUUAAAUUGAUAGAAUGAUAUAUACGUUUCGUGAUUAGUAGGUAAAGAAGGCUGUGAUAAUUGAAUAAUAUCCAAUUGAAAUAGUGUUUAAAUUUCGAUUUUUUUAUGUGUACAUUUGAAUUUGUAGUAAAAGCAUAAGGUCACUGUAUUUAGAUAAACUGUUAUAACAACGAUCCUGCAUGCAUAUUUUGAAUCAUGUUUAUGCGUUAUUCAUAUUAUUUGUAUGUGUUGAGUCAUUUCUAUUCCCUGAUAUGUAUCAUUUGAGAACAAUGUUUGAGGUAAAUCGCAUUAAGAUUAUAUGUUUACUCCUUGUAGGUUAUUGUCCACUACAUAAUUUCCCUAUAGAAACGUGUUCUAUAGUUAAUUGACCGAUGUGCACGCGAAAUAACACUGAUUUUUAUAUUACUAGACCGUCAACUACGUAUAGAGGAUGAUAGUCUUACAUGUGGACCAAACAUUAAACGGCAUUAAAACAAUCCUUAAAAUUGCCAGAACACAGACACUAUGUACUGAAUAUAGUAAAACCAUAAAGCAACAAGACACGAUGUUUUAAACACGACAUUGUACUAUCAGACGAUUUGAAAAACUCAGUUCUUGAGUACAUUUUCGGUUUGAAUUUUAAAGGA